AUGAAGGGUUCGAGCCGUUUCCUCACCAUCGGCCUCGUCUCCGCCUGGUACUUCUCCAACAUUGGGGUUUUACUCCUCAACAAGUACCUUCUCAGCAACUAUGGCUUCAAGUAUCCCAUAUUCCUCACCAUGUGUCACAUGACCGCUUGCUCCCUCUUCAGCUACGUUGCCAUCGCCUGGUUCAAGGUCGUUCCCAUGCAGACCAUUCGCUCCCGCCUCCAGUUCCUCAAGAUCGCCGCCCUUAGCCUCGUCUUCUGUGUCUCCGUCGUCUUCGGCAACGUCUCCCUCCGCUACCUCCCCGUCUCCUUCAACCAGGCUGUCGGCGCCACCACGCCCUUCUUCACCGCCGUCUUCGCCUACCUCAUCACCUUCAAGAGAGAGGCCUGGCUCACUUACCUCACCCUCGUCCCCGUUGUCGCCGGCGUCGUCAUUGCCAGCGGGGGUGAACCGAGCUUCCAUUUAUUUGGGUUUAUAGUAUGUGUUGCAGCUACAGCUGCACGAGCCUUAAAAUCCGUGUUGCAAGGAAUUUUACUUUCUUCUGAAGGAGAGAAGCUGAAUUCCAUGAACCUCCUUCUUUACAUGGCACCAAUUGCUGUUGUUUUCCUUCUCCCUGCUACACUAAUAAUGGAAGAAAAUGUGGUUGGCAUUACAUUGGCUCUUGCCAGAGAUGAUGUGAAGAUCCUUUGGUACCUGCUAUUUAAUUCAGCACUUGCUUAUUUUGUCAACCUGACCAAUUUCUUGGUCACCAAACAUACCAGUGCUCUUACCCUUCAGGUACUUGGGAAUGCUAAAGGGGCUGUAGCAGUUGUAGUUUCAAUUAUGAUAUUUAGAAAUCCAGUGUCAGUCACUGGAAUGAUGGGUUAUUCAUUCACAGUCCUUGGAGUUGUACUUUAUAGUGAAGCCAAAAAGCGAAGCAAGUGA